UCCCUUACUGGCCAUCCGUCCUAUGAAACGCUCUCGUACGUUUGGGGGGGCCCCAAGGUCACCGUUCCCAUCACGGUGCACGAUCACUCGUUUCCAGUGACGUCCAACCUCCACUCCGCCUUGCAACACCUACGCCACGAAGACAAGGAGCAUGUCUUGUGGGCUGAUGCACUCUGCAUCAAUCAAGACGAUAAGCGCGAGCGCUCCAGCCAAGUUACUGAUAUGUGA